AUGACCAGAUAUACAAAAUAUCGGGACCAACGCAAGACACUCUGCUACAGAAAUGGUUGGCCAAAUCACGACAUUUCAACCUUAAAAUUGUUGCAAAUAGUUCACAGACAUGGAGACAGAGCGCCCACCGAAUCGUAUUUUCCACCUAACGAUCCCUAUAAAAGCAUCAAAUACUGGCCAAUGGGUUUCAAUGAGUUGACAGCACUGGGAAGAUAUCGGAUGUAUAGUUUUGGACAAUUCAUACGACAAGAGUAUCACAAUUACUUUGGCGAACAGUAUUCUCCGCGCGAAGUAUACGCUCGAAGUUCACUAACCGAUCGGUGUUUGGAAAGUGUCUCGUGUUUGUUGGCCGGCGCUUAUCCACCGAAACAUUUCAAUUGGAAAUGGAAUGACAGCACCGGUAGCCAACAAUUAAGUAGUGUUUGGCAGCCGAUAACAGUCGAGACAUUUAUGCCCCGAAAUAAAGAUUAUACACUAAACUCCAGACACUGUCCUAUUUGUGAUCUCGAGUUGUCCCGAGUUCUACAAUCAACAGGUGUUCAACAAUUUUUGAAAGAAAAUAAUCAAUUUUAUCGAUACCUGAGUGAUAUUGUCGGCACAGAUAUAGUCACAAUAGCUGAUGCACACCGUCUUCACGAUUUACUCGACAUAGAGAUCUCUAAUGAUUUUUAUUGGUCUCACAUUUGGUCAAAAACGGAACAGUUGUCGAUUGUGAAUCGUUUGCGGGAAAGUCAUAUUAUGUCCUAUACUAUCGGUUGGAACAGUUCAGUGUUCAAACGUUUUAAAGCCGGAGGUUUAAUCAAAGAGUUGACCGCAAAUAUUAUGAACGUUUUAAACAAAUUAAACGAUAGUAAAAAAUUAUACGUUUACUCUACACAUGACAUCAAUAUAAUUGCUUUACUUCAUGCGCUCGACAUAUAUGACCACAAUUUGCCCCCAUUUGGCGCAUCUUUUUUGUUUGAAUUGCACCGCAAAUCAGUCAUCAUCGGUAAAGCAGCCAAAGCCACAAAUUAUGAUUAUUUUGUUAGACUUUUCUACUUUAAUGACAGUUUUACGGGCACACCAUAUCAUAUUAAAUUAACAAAUUUAUUUUACUGUUAUGUCUAUCUCUUGGUCGAUAUACUUAUGCAGUUCAUGGCUGAUCUGGUCUAA